AUGAGCGUUAAUUCGAGGCUCAUUGCUGUGAUUGCCGUUACGACGACAUCAGCUGCCUCUAUUGUUGUCCUCUAUUACCUCCGCAGCUGGCAAGAUGAGGAAGCUCGGCGAAAUAAUGACAAGGAGAGCCAUGUCCAAACAGAAGCGGAGAAACCCAAGACAGCAGAUGAUUGCAGCUCGACCGACACCAACACAUCUUCCGCAGCAUCCUUCUCCCGCCAACAGCAACAACCCAGCACUCUGCUGCGUGCUUUAUCAUUGAAUAGAGAAGAGAAUGCAAUGCUGGCCUUUCUAGACCAAAGCGACAAUUACACAAACUUACCCUGCAGUGCCAUCACUUCCAAUUCCGCAACCUGCAGGGCCAAUACCACAAGCCAAUUGCAGGGCUUGGCGGAUUCUGCUAGCUUUCCCAGCAACAGCGAUUGGUACGGAUUAGGAGCAACCUUGGCAACACCCAUGACUCCAUGCCUCAUCGAUCUUCCUACGAUUCCCAAAGAUGGCAUCAUAUCAAAUGGUCCUCUGAAUGAUGUCAAUCCGAGCAGUGGCUACCGGAACGACCAACGGGACCCAGGUGUAACAUUCAUGCACAAGAGACACCCACUUAGCAACUUGGAUGGCAUCAUAAUAUCAUUGGAAGAUCUAAUCAUGUGUGACGAGUUGAUGCGGCAACACGAGGAGGUAGAAUUCUAA